GGACUGGGGCUGUACCUGCACUGCACAAUGUUGCACAGCAGAGCUUUUAAUUGAUCUUCAGUGAUCCGGACAGAUGUCUGAUGCCGAAGACCAACUUCCCUGAGCCCAAUCGCACUGAGAAACCUCUAGAAACAGCGGCUAUGAGACCACUGCUCGCGAGGCAUCAGCCAGUCGACAUUGCAAGAAUACCGUGGAAGUCUAAGCGGCCCGGGACCGGUCAAAGAUAUGAAUGGGCUUGAGAAUGGCUUCGACAGCUGUGCAUGGCGGUGAAAUCGAGGCCUUUUCAGCUGCUGCGGGUGAAUCGCAUGGCUCUCAAGAGUCUGACCACAGCUGCACCUGCAGCACAUAUUAUCGAUGUGCAUGCUUCUGGAUCUGCGGCCGGUCUGACACGCGAGAGGGCUGAAGCACAAGAGGCGUAGAACUGGAGGUCAGGAGAGCUUCUUGGCUGCCUAUGGCGAAGGAUUGUCAGACAACUUGCCGAGACGAGGCCUCAGCUCGCAAACAAUAUGCUUGUGAACUCGUAUUGUGGACCAGGUUGUGAAGCACUGUAGGUCGCACGCGAGCUGAAUGCGAACAUGUCACCUUGGAGUAAGCAAUGGAGUAAUAGAGCAUCAGAGCGGGCCGAUAUGAGGCAGAUAUAAGAACACAAGGAUAUUCCUGAGAUUGUUGACCUAGACCAUAGCCUAUCGGUCCUCAGAAUUUCACAAGAUGGCCUCGAACCUCACAGAUCUGAGCAAUGUUCAGGGAGACAUCCUCCUGAAUGGACUGAACAAAGAAGUGGAGACCUUCUGGUUCUUCACCAUUGCAGACAGCCGAUCGUUCUGCCAGAAACUCCGCCAAGUGGCCACCGAGGAGAUCUCUCAUACGCAAAACGUUCUCGAUACUCGCCGCAACAUCAAAGACUUCAAGACCAGGGAGGGCAACUCGCCUUCUGGAAGAGUACCUACCAUUGGUGCAAACAUUUCGUUCAGCUUCACGGGACUACAGAAGAUUGCCAGCGUCACGGGCUUGCAAACCAAUACAGGGGACUCCAUUUUCGAGACAGGCAUGAAAUCUGCAGCUGUAUCCGGUCUGCAAGAUCCGAUCAAGCAAGGUGGCAACGGACAAACUCCAGACUGGGACUCUGACUGGCUCAACAAGCAAGUUGAUGGUGUCUUGCUCGUUGCUGGCACCACCACUGGGCUCGUCAAACAGAAACUUGACCGCAUAACUGCUCUAUUCGGUAACUCGGUGCGCCUCGCGUUCAAGGUUGACGGUAAGGUCAGACCGGGAGCUCAGCACGGCCAUGAGCACUUUGGAUAUCUCGAUGGCGUGUCUCAACCUGUUGUUGGUGACCUUCCCAACCUGACUGAGGAGGAGAAGUUCGUGCCUCCCGGCCAGGAUGUCAUCCCUCAGGGUGUCAUAUUGUGCGGACGCCCUGGAGAUUCCAACGUUAGCGCUCACCCCGAUUGGAUGCUCGAUGGAAGUUUCCUCUGCUUUAGAAAGCUGAAGCAGAAUGUGCAGGAUUGGGAUCGUUUCCUUGUGCAGUCUUCGAAUCAACUUGGGACCUUCGCCAAUCAGCUUGGAGCACGACUCAUCGGUCGUUGGAAGAGUGGCUGUCCGGUCAACCUGCAAGCCGACUUUGACGAUACCAACAUUGGCAAAGAUGUUAUGCGCAACAAUCUGUUUGAGUUCGAUCCUCCAGGUCUCAAUUCGCAGAGUCAGUUCACGAUUCAGUCUGGUGACAGAAUGGUCUGCCCACUGGGCGCUCACAUUCGGAAGACGAAUCCAAGAGGAGAUCAACCUGGCAAUGGACGUGAAAGCGUGAACCCACAUCGUAUCCUACGUCGCGGCAUACCUUAUGGACCGGAGAUCAGCGAGAAUCCUGACGCCGAACGUGGACUGCUCUUUGCAUGCUAUCAGAGCAAUCUAGGCCAAGGUUUCGAGUUCAUUCAACGACUAUGGGCGAACAAUGACAGAUUCCGCUUCGGUGGAGCCGGCGUUGAUGCAGUAAUGGGCCAGACGAAUGACAAGCCAAAUGUUCCCAUGAAAGGGCUGUUCCCACAGGACGCAAGCCGUGAAUUGAACUUGCCUGGAAUCAACAGAUUUGUGGUUCCCAGAGGUGGAGAGUACUUCUUCUCGCCAUCGCUGAGCGCAUUGAAGGGAGAGUUGUCGAAUGUGCAGGGCAGGAACAUCCACCCGAACUUGUAGUGAAAGAACGACAUUCGGAAUAUGUAUUUUCAACGAAUCAGCGAUGAAGAUAGGUGAUAUUGCCAGUGUCAG